AUGGCCGCUCAGGUCGCCAGCGUCGCCUCUCUCAACGCAAGCCCGCCGUCCGAACUCAAAAAGCCAGAUCGGGACUCUCAAGAGGAGUCGGCGCCGGGGGAGAAGCAGCCGCAGCAGCAUGAGAACAAGGAAGCGGGGCCCGACGGCGGCUCUCCCGGCCGAAAGGAACUGCAGGACGGCAGCGACGCUGCUGGGGGAGGAGGGGAUCCUGACAUGAAGAACGGCAACGGGAAUUUGCCCAGGGUAAAUAAUAAUAGCAGUAAUCAGAACGAUUCCGGCGGGCCCGAAGGGAAUAACCAUCCCGGCGUGGGACACCACCACACGGGCCCCUUCCCACCACCUCCUUACGGCUACAACCAGCACUACAGCCGGGCCCCUUUUCAUCAACAUGGCGGACAACAAAGCCCUGGCAUGGCAGCUGCGUCGGGGCCGGGCAUGAUGGACCCUUACCCCGCCAAUUCCCACGAACAUGGCUACCCCAACCACUAUAACAACUACAGCCCCUUCCAGAGCAGGACUUCAUAUCAGGGUCAGGGCUACGGGGCCAUGAGUUCCCCGCGGAACAACCAGCCCCCGGCGGCUGGGGGGCAGCCAGGCAAGCAGCAGCCAGCAGCGGCGGGAGGAGGAAUGGCUGCUACCUCCUACAACAACCAGAGGUAUAAUAUGGGAAGCCAGCAGCCCACGUCGACGCCGACUUUGAACCAGCUGCUGACGUCCCCCAGCUUGGCCAGGAGCUACCCCAACUACCCGCAAGGAGACUACAACAACCAGGAAGGGGGCACCAAGGCGGCGGCGGGGGAGAUGGCGAGUGGAUACGGCGGGGUCCAUCCGGGUUGGCAACAAAGAGCCCACCACCCGUCUCCCAUGAGCCCGGGCAACACCGCACAACCCCCCAGUAGGAACCAGCCUGCGAGCCCAAUGGAGCAGGUGGGGAAGAUGCGCGGCCAACCAUACGGAGGACCCAACCCUUAUUCCCAGCAGCAGCAACAGCAGCAGCAGCAAGGGCCUCCCACAGGGCCCGGACCCCAGCAAACAAGCUCCUACCCAGCGCAGGGCUACGGACCUCCGGGCCCCCAAAGAUACCCGAUGGGGAUGCAAGGUCGAACACCAGGCGCGAUGGGCAGCAUGCAGUACGGACAGCAGAUGUCAGCCUAUGGACAACAAGGGCCCGGAAGCUACGGGCAGCAGGGGCAGGGCUAUUAUGGUCAACACGGCGGGCCGCCUCACCCGGGUCAGCAGCCGACACCUUACCCCGGCCAACCCCAGAGCAGCUCUGGAGCUCCCUUCCCCCAGCAGGGGCACCCCUCACAGCCGGCCGGCCAACACGGGCAACCCGGGGCCCCUUACCCUCAACCCCAAGGUCCUCACGUUCCUCCGGCUGGGCAGGCGCCCUAUGUAUCUCCUCAGCAACAGCCGAGCCAGCAGCAGCAAGGUCCUGGUCCUCAGAACCAGCAAGGCUCUCAAGGCCAGCCUGGCUACCCUCAAGCCUCUGCGCCAGGCCAGCCUACGCAGCAGCAAACCCCGCCGCAGCAGCAACAAGGCGCACCAGCGCAGCAGCAGCAGCAGCCGCCACCACCACCACCACAACAACAACAACCACCACCACCGCCACAACAGCAAGCAGGAAGUCAAGCUCCUCAAUCCCAGCAACCACCAAGUCAUGGCCAGCAGAGUCAGGCAUCACCAUACUCUCAGACACCGCCGCUGCCGCCGCAGCAGCAGCAGCAGUCGCCAUAUCAGAGGUUCCCACCACCCCCGCAGGAACUGUCCCAAGAUUCCUUUAGCUCCCAGUCCAGCGCGCCUCCUUCCAACCAGCCCAUGCCUUCCAACAAGAGCAGCCAAGAAGACAGCAUGCAGGGCCGGCCGUCCAGUUUGCCGGACCUGUCUGGCUCCAUCGACGACCUUCCCACCGGCACGGAGGGCGCCCUGAGCCCGGGCGUCAGCACCUCGGGGGUGUCCAGCAGCCAGGGGGAGCAGAGCAACCCCGCCCAGUCGCCUUUCUCGCCGCACACGUCGCCCCACCUGCCGGGCAUCCGCGGGCCAUCACCGUCGCCCGUGGGCUCCCCUGCCAGCGUCACGCCCUCUCGCACCGGCCCUUUGUCCCCCGCCGCUGUGCCAGGUAAUCAGAUGCCUCCCCGGCCGCCCAGUGUCCAGUCUGACAGCAUCAUGCACUCUUCCAUGAACCAGUCAGCCAUGGGCCAAGACAGGGUGUACAUGCGUAACCCACAGAUGCCUCCUUACGGGUCCCCGGGACAACCUGGCUCUGCCUUAUCUCCACGCCAGUCUUCGGGGGGUCAGAUGCAUAGCGGAAUGGGACCCUACCCCCAGAACAACUCCAUGGGAAAUUACGGCCCUCAGGGGAGCCAGUACGGACCUCAAGGUUAUCCUCGGCCGCCGGGCUACUCAGGGAUGCCCAAUGCUAACUACCCAAGCGGGCCCGGCAUGGGCGGCUCCAUGAACCCCAUGCCCGGCCAGGGCAGCGGGGCGCCCUACGCAAACAUGCCCCCCGGCGGCAGAGUGGGCCCCGGCCAGAUGGGCGCCAGGCCCUACGGUCCCGGCAUAGGCUCCAACAUGGGCAGCAUGCCUCCUCAGGUGGUAUCGGGCAUGUGCCCGCCUCCGGGAAUGAACAGGAAAGACGGCGGGCCCUCCAUGCACCACGGACCUUCCAACUCCAUCCACAACAGGCCGCCCGGCUACCCCAUGUCCCAAGGCAUGAUGGGUUCGGCUUCUCCGUACGGCCCGGGCAUGAACAGCAUGCACGGCAUGAUGAACCAAGGCGGCCCGGGUCCUUAUCCAAUGGCUGCAAACAUGGGCAACAACACUCCCGGAAUGGCUCCCGGUUCCGAGUUUGGCAUGGACAAAAUAAACCCGGCCCAGAAGAUGAACAACAAAGUGGACGGGACUCCUAAAACUGAAUCCAAAAAGAAGUCGAGUUCUUCAACCAUCACCAACGAGAAGAUCACUCGCCUGUAUGAGCUCGGCCCGGAGCCCGAGAGGAAGAUGUGGGUUGACCGCUACCUGGCCUUUGCCGAGGAGAAAGCCAUGGGCAUGAACAACCUCCCCGCCGUGGGGCGCAAGCCUCUCGACUUGUUCCGACUCUACGUAUCCGUCAAGGAGAUCGGAGGCCUCACACAGGUGAACAAGAACAAGAAAUGGCGGGAGCUCGCCACCAACCUCAACGUGGGCACGUCAAGUAGCGCCGCCAGUUCCCUCAAGAAGCAGUACAUCCAGUGUUUGUACGCCUUUGAGUGCAAGAUCGAGCGUGGCGAGGAGCCGCCCGCUGACUUUUUCAACACGGACACCAAAAAGAACCAGCCGAAGAUCCAGCCACCCAGUCCUGCUGGUUCUGGAUCGCUCCAAGGCCCCCAGACUCCUCAGUCCACCAGUAGUUCCAUGGCAGAGGGGGGAGAACUGAAGCCUCCCACCCCGGCCUCCACCCCCCACACACAAAUGCCUCCCAUGCCGGGUGCCAGGAGUAGCGUCAAUGUGCAGGACCCCUUUGACGACGGCAGCGACCGGGCGUUUUCCCGAAGGAACGCAAUGACCCCCAAUUCUCAGAGCUACCAGCCCGGAAUGGCCGGUCCCGAGAUGAUGGGUCGGAUGGGUCCCUACGAGUCGAACAAGGACCCCUUUGGCGGCAUGAGGAAAGCUGGGGAGCAGUUCAUGCCACCCGGUCCGAACAGCGGGAUGGGAGAUCAGUACAGCAGAGGCCCACCAGGGCCCAUGGCAAAUCUGCCAAUGGGUCAGAGGCAACAAUAUCCUUAUGGAUAUGAUCGCAGGCAAGAGUCAAGCAUGGGUCCUGACGGGAGCAUGGGACCCGGGGCCGCUCAGCCCAACAUGAUGCCUUCCGGAGCCGACACGGGGAUGUACUCGCCCAGUCGCCCGCCGCCCCAGCAACGGCACGACUCCUAUGCCAAUCAGUACCCUGGCCAAGGAGCGCCCCCUGGUGGCCCGUAUCCAAACCAACAACCGGGAAUGUAUGCACAGCAGCAACCGAACUACAAGCGUCCCGUCGACGGCGCCUACGGCCCGCCCGCCAAGCGUCAUGAGGGAGAAAUGUACAACGUCCCUUACAGUGGUCAGCAGCCUCCAGGACCUCAAUCAUCAGGGCCCCAGGGCCAGCAGGACAUGUAUAAUCAGUACAACGCCUACCCCGGAGGGGAGCGGAGACCCCCAGGUCCGCAGAACCAGUUCCCAUUUCCCUUUGGCCGGGAGCGCGGAUCGUCAUCGGGCGGCCCCAAUUCCCAGUCGCCGAUGCCGCCGCAGAUGAUGGCGAGCCCAAUGCCCUCGGGUCCCGACGGCCCCCAGGGCCCCAUGUGGCAGGGCCGCAACGAAAUGGGCUAUCCCAACUAUCACAACCGCCAGGGGCCCCCCGUGCCGGGCCAGACCCCCGGUUACCACGGCAUGAACCGCUCCGAGGAGAUGAUGCCGUCGGAUCAGCGAAUGAACCACGACGGCCCGUGGCCCGGCCACGUCAACCAGCGACAGCCGCCCUUUGGACCCGGCGGCUCCGGCCCGCCCAUGACGAGGCCCCUGCCGUCAACUUAUCAGACGUCGCAGAACCAUAUUCCUCAGGUGUCAAGUCCGGCCCCCAUGCCACGGCCCUUGGAGAGCAGGACGUCACCCAGCAAGUCGCCCUACAUGCAUCCGGGCAUCAAAGUGCAGAAAGCCGGCCCCCCGGUGCCCGCCUCCCACAUUGGGCAGGCGCCCGUGCAGCAGCCACUCAUGCGGCGGGAUGUGGGCUUUCCUCCCGGCUCUGUGGAAUGCUCCGCACCGCACCUCAAGCCACGGAGACGGCUAACCAUGAAGGACAUCGGCACGCCUGAAGCGUGGCGUGUGAUGAUGUCACUAAAGUCAGGGUUGUUAGCGGAGAGCACCUGGGCCUUGGACACCAUCAACAUCUUGCUCUAUGACGACAAUAGCAUCACCACUUUCAACUUAUGCCAGCUGCCUGGAUUCUUGGAGCUGGUGGUGGAGUACUUCAGAAGGUGCCUGAUCGAGAUCUUUGGCAUCCUGAAGGAGUACGAAGUGGGCGACCCCGGUCAGCGCACCCUACUCGACCCAGACGCCGCCGAAGACUCGGACGACGACAUGCCGAUGCCCGAAGGAGAGGUCGUUCACACCGACGACGAGGAGGACGAAGACGAUGAGCCGGAUGACGCCAGGGUCCAGUCGGGGGAGGGGGCGGUGACGGAGGAGAGGUCCCAGAAAGACGAGGAUAAAGGCGAGGAGAAACCGAGGGUCAGGGAACCCGCUACCUCAGGGUCUUCCCAGGACCCCAACACAGAGAGGCCCAGGCAGGCGAGCAAGUUUGACAAACUCCCCAUCAAGGUGGUCCGCAAGAAGAACCCCUUUCAGGGCAGCCACGCAUCCAAGAUGGGCCAGCGGCAGAGCUUCGACAGUGGCCUGGUCCACUGGAGCGUGGGCGGCGGCGACAUUACCGAGCACAUCCAGACGCACUUCGAGAGCCGUGUGGCGCGCCCAAAGGCCCGCAAGCGCUCGUCCAAGGAGAACAGACCGGGACAGGAGACCCCAGGCCCGGAGGUCCCGGUGUCCCGGGCCACGGAGCUGCCGCUGGCCGCACCGGUGACCGCCACUAUCGACGACGUCCUGUCGGCACGGCCGGGCUCGGUCACGGAGGAGGCGGUGCGAGGCGGCGCCGAGGAACAGAAGGAGAACGGCAAGUUCCUGUUCAGCAUAAAUCCCGAGCUGCAGAGCCGGCGCAAUGUGAAGAUCCUGGAGGACGAGCCGCACAGCAAAGACGAGACGCCGCUCGGCACCCUGGCCGACUGGCAGGACUCGUUGGCGCGGCGCUGCAUCUGCGUGUCCAACAUCGUGCGCAGCCUCUCUUUUGUGCCCGGCAACGACCAGGAGAUGUCCAAGCACCCGGGUCUGCUUCUGCUGCUUGGCCGCUUGGUGCUGCUGCACCACCGACACCCCGAGCGCAAGCAGGCACCCGUCACCUACGAGAAGGAGGAUGAGGAGGACGAGGGCGUGAGCUGCGAGCGUGACGAGUGGUGGUGGGACUGCCUGGAGGUCCUGAGGGAGAACUGCCUGGUGACUUUGGCCAACAUAUCGGGCCAGCUGGACCUCUCGGUGUACUCGGAGAGCAUUUGCCUGCCCCUCCUGGACGGCCUGCUCCAUUGGGCCGUGUGCCCCUCGGCCGAGGCCCUGGACCCCUUUCCCACGCUGGGCCCGCACGGCUCGCUAUCGCCGCAGAGACUGGUUCUGGAGACGCUGAGCAAGCUGAGCAUUCAGGACAACAACGUGGACCUGAUCCUGGCCACACCGCCCUUCAGCCGCCUGGAGAAACUGUACGGCGCCCUGGUGCGGCUGGUGGGCGAGCGCAAGGUGGCGGUGUGCCGCGAGAUGGCCGUGGUGCUGCUGGCCAACCUGGCGCACGGCGACAGUCUGGCGGCGCGCGCCAUCGCCGUGCAGAAGGGCAGCGUGGGGAACCUGCUGGGCUUCCUGGAGGACAGCCUGGCCGCCACGCAGUACCAGCAGAGUCAGAGCACGCUGCUGCAGAUGCAGGCGCACUUUGAGCCCACCAGCGUGGACAUGAUGCGCAGGGCGGCGCGGGCCCUCCACGCCCUGGCCCGGCUGGAGGAGAACCACUCGGAGUUCACGCUGUACGAAUCGCGGCUGCUGGACGUGUCAGUGUCGCCGCUCAUGAACUCGGCCGUGUCGCAGGUCAUCUGUGACGUACUCUUCCUGGUCGGCCAGUCAUGACAGCCGUUGAGGUCCUCCUUCCGUUCCCGCCGCGCCCCGACUUUUUUGUGAGCAGAAUUUUAGACUGUCCUACUUUUUUUUUUUUUUUUUAAUUUAUGCAAAAUCACCUCAGAUUCCACUGUCUUUCUCCCUCUACCGCGGACAGGAAGGAAUACCAUGAAGUAGAAAGAUAACCGCAGGAGACGAAUGGAUGGGGACCCCCUACCACUUUCCUCCCACCCGCGUGCGCGCUUAGCCCCGAAAGGACUCGUUUUUCAAUGAAAAAAGAAAAAUGACCAGGAAAAAAAAAAUAACUGUAACCAAAGUUGCUGUCUCGUUUACAGUCAGUUUUGGGAAUGCUUGCUUUCUCUCCCGAGGACUCGGGAUUGCUGUAUUGCUCGGCCGCCCCGCCCUUGCCCCCCCCCCCCCCCCCCCCCACACACACACACACAGGAACCACAUUUGGGGGGCGGACACAUGUGCUCUCCUGUGCAGUAGAUUGUAGGACUGUUUUCUUUUUUUCUUUCCCUGUACUGUACACCUUCAAAGAAAGUGUCAACAUACUGUAAUAAUACUGUUUCACACUGAGAUAUGCCGACUCGGCAGCAAACUGUAGUUUUUAUGUGGAAAGUGACGAGGACGACGGCUACCAACCCCCCCCACUCCCCCAAAGUACGGUGAACCUACAACACCCCGACCUCUCCUUCUCUUUUGUCCCUUGAUUGUAUGACUUGUACUGGGACUGGUCCUCGGCGCUAGAUCCAAGCAGACCCACCCGGCUGCGCUGUAUAUAUCCCAUGUUGUACAUGAAUUACACACCCUUCUCUAUCUCGCUCUCUGUCUCUCGCUCUCUUUCUUUAUGUUCUCGAUUCUAUCGCUUCACCGUUUUUAAAAAUUACCACUUAACACACACAAGACACACGAGACUGUCUGGUGCGGCUGUAGAGAAUAUAACGAGAGAAAAAAUGUCUUGAGUAACAACUAGACCUUGAUGAAGAAAAACUUUUUAUUUUAUUUUUUUCAGUGAUGCGGAUUCUGCAUAUUUGUAUUUCAGAUGUAGCUAAAAACUUGAUGUAAAUUUACCCCCCCUCCUUUUUUUUGUUUCUUCCUCCCCAGCCCUCCUGCCCCCCUUUUUUUUGGCUCAAUGAAUAUCAUUUAUUCAGUAUCAAAUCUUUAUACUAUAUGUUCCACGUGUUAAGAAUAAAUGUACAUUAAAUCUUGCUAAGA